GUUAUCAGUGUGAGUUUAAGAAGCGGACAGGAAAGAAACCAGACGGUUGUGCAGUGAUCUUCAAGGCUUCCCGCUUCUCCCUCCUCGCCUCCUCCCCUGUCGAGUUCUUCAGGCCCGGUGAUGUCCUCCUGGACCGGGACAACGUGGGGCUGGUUGUGCUGCUGCAGCCCAACCACCUCGUCGGCCAAUCGGAUUCCUCCUCGCUCGUCUGCGUCGCCAACACUCACCUCCUCUACAACCCUCGCCGCGGUGACGUCAAACUGGCCCAGCUGGCGAUCCUAUUGGCUGAAGUCGGCCGGUUGUCCCGCCUCCCCAACGGCGCGACCUGCCCGGUGGUUUUCUGCGGGGAUUUGAACUCUGUGCCUGGGAGUCCCUUGUCCACGUUCCUGACCACAGGCUGCCUGGACUACAGAGGGAUGCAGAUCAGCACGGUGUCGGGUCAGGAAACAAGUUCCAGGAGUAAACGUCUCCUCAAGUCUCCAAUCUGGUCUCCCAGUUUAGGAAUCAGUUCUGAGUGCCAGUAUGAGAGCAAAGGCUCUGAUGAGUCAUCCCCCAUCAGCCCCACAGGAGGAAUCUCUAAUCUGACUGUAGAAGACCUCACAAAAAAAUCUACAGCUGUUAACAGCUGGAAGAUUGAGCACAGCCUGAAUCUGCAGUCGUCUUAUCGACACCACCUGAUGCCCGAUGGCCGCCCUGAGAUCACCACGUGUCACUCACGCACUGCCCUGACAGUGGAUUACAUCCUCUACAGCUCUGAUUUCCCCACACAGUCUUCAUUUCCUGGUGGGCGGAGCCUCCAGUUGCUGGGCAGGCUGUCAUUGGUUGGUCAGUCAGAGUUAGAGGAAGUGAACAACCUGCCCAAU